UUUCAAAAGGCAUCUGCAGGUAAUAUUCAUUUGCUGAAAAAAACAAAAUUUGGAAAAGCUUUUAGUUUGAAGACAGGAAGUGCGUGGUGUUGUGGCUCGCGUGACAGCUGGCGGGAUCAGCUGAUGGGAACUGAAUCAGAACUUCCCGGACAAACUCCCAGUAACGGGAAGAGGACUCACCGGGACGCGGCUGGAGCAGAUUCUGAUCUUGUCUGGACCAAUGUUUUAAGCCUGUCUGACUGAGGGGGUCCGGAGAAGCUGAAUGAUGCUGGCGGCAGGUGGAAGCUCCUCCUCAGCCCUCCAGUUCCGCGGGGGAGCAGUGGCACUGCCGGUAAACCCAGCUGAUGUUCCGGCUCUGGAGAUAAAACUGGGAGCUCUGGUGGUUCUGCUGUCCAUCACUCUGGUGUUUGGAUUUGCUCCACUCUGCAUCGUCCGAGGGACGGGGCGCUGCAGCAUCAACUCAGACAACUACACUGACCUGUGCCAACAGAGGGAGGCUUUCAUAAAGGGUGAGGACAUCUGGAAAAGAGAGGAAGACAGGGGAGGAAAGAGGAAGAUAAAGCCCAACAGCAGGUGGAUGGACAAUGAGGAAGAGAGUCAACAAUCAAAAAAGCAAAAAUUUUAAACGGCAUCCUGUCCUUCAAAAGAGGCUGCAGACCAAAUGAUUGAAGACUUGAAGAAGGAUCUGAUGGCAAGACAAAAAGAUUUAGAGUCCCCAACCGAAUAUGAGGAGUCAUCAGAUGACGAGCUGCCAUCCAGGAACUGGAGCAAGGCACAAAGGCAAAUAAAGCCGUUAAUAGCCGAGAAUAAAAGGCUGAAAGAAGACAACUUUAAACACCCAAUAGAAGCAAUGAAAGCUGACAUUCAGCAGAAGGACAGGGAGGUGCUGGAGCUCCUGCAGGAGCGUGUCACCUUGUUCUCUGACCUGAUGCAGGUGACAGCACGAGAAGAAUCAGGAGAAGACAGAUGUGUGGAGACAAGGACCUCAUGCUGCAGAAACCUGUUCAGAGCCGACACUCCUCACGCUCCUAAAGCAGAACAGCUCCUUCUUGCUGCCAUUGGUGAAGUCGACAAGCUGACAACUAUGUUAUCCAGCUUCGGCACACAGAAACCCUCCGUAACCAAUGGCAACCAGGAGAUCAGCAGUGAGUCACCUGACACCUAUGGUGACUGUGGUUCUCUCAAUGGUUCUUUUAAACUGAACAACAGCACUUCAAAGGAUAAAAACGGCAACCAGCUGCAGGAGGGAGCCCUGAACCGGGAAGUCCACCAGCGAUUGGUCGAUCUGAGCACGCAGCUUCAUGCCUUGCAGGCUGCUGUGAUUCGCCAAGACUCCAUUCUGGAAUUGGCGGUGGGUGCUGGACCCAUCUCUUCUACCACCUCUGGCUCCGCCCCAGGACCUCGUCUCAGCCGAUCGAUGUCGCGGGACACAGGACUGGACGCCAGUGGGGAGGUGGUGCUUCUGCAGCGCCAGGUGGAGCUUCUGCAGGAAGAGCUGGCACGGCUGCGUCUAAAGGCGGAGGAGUCGAACAAGAAGGGAUCAGGAACUGGCAAAAAAAAGAGGAACAAAAACAAAAACAAAGCUGAUGUCACCAAGGAUGAACAGCAGCUCAACAAGAAGUCCAGCAGCAAGGACCCAGAGCCCCACCCCCUCGCUCCAUUGGCCACUGAAGAUCCACUCGACCAAUUAGAUGGAGUUGAAGAAUUAAAUGAAGAGGAGGAGGAGGUGAUGAAGAUCUCCCCACGUUCUGAUAGCCCCAGAGAUCUGCAGGACAUCCCAGAGGAAAGCGAGAGUUAACCCCACCGACUGACCUCACCGUGAUGUCACGGAUGGACAAACAUCAACUCGUUGUUGGACUUUUAUGGUGAAAGGCAUUGGUGAUGAUGUCAUUUCCUGUUUUAGACCAAACAUCUGAUCUCAGCUGACCAAUAUUUCUCAUUUCUGAAUGUUGCUGUUAGUUAGAAACAGGAAGUAGAACCAUGUGACCUGUUUGUGCCAAUGUGUGUUGGAGCUUUAUCCACUGUCUGAAGUGGGUGGAGCUUUACAAAGGGAGGGGCAUAGAAAAACGGUUUUUGGGCAGGUGGGAGGAGUCUGUUGUGUCUAUGUUGUUCUUUUUCCUGGCUGGAUCCAUUCUGCUGAGUGAGUGGUUUAUUCCUGGUUGUUUGUUGGGGACCUUAAGCUAACAUAAUCCUCGAAGAUGGACCCCUCCCUCCCACCACUACCACCUUAAAAAUGGGUCAGGGUUAGGGGGUCAGGACCUGACAGGGCAUUCAGAACAUAGAGCCAGAACCCAGCAAGAGCAGCAGAACCCCUCAGAUUAGUGGUCAGAACCUGGUGGAUCGGCAAACCCUGACCCAAAGUUGUUUAGAAACUUUCACAAUAAAGGUUAUCAGGGUUCUUUACGGGGAAAACAAAACGGGUCCAAUCCAGAUUCAUCUAGUUUCUGUACCUUUUUAAUCUGGCUCAGGAUCUCAGGAGCUGGGACCCUUGACGAGCAGGCGAGAGGCGAGGCUACACCUGCUCCAUCAUAGAACCAGCAUCAAAUCCAGUUUUAAUCAAACUGAGAAUACCGGUUUAGCUUUUUAGAUGGAUAAAAAACAACUUGCUUUAACAGGAGCAGAACCAGAACCUUUUGUCUGGAUGACCCACGGUCUGAGAGGACAGGAGGACUCUGGGUUGUUGUAGUUCCUUUGGAAGAUAAAUAGAUGCAGUUUUUUUAGAUGGACUUGGGUGUUAAAAAAAACACACAACAGCCUGCUGGAAAAGAUUUCCUGAGACUCUGAUAUGGUUCUGAGGUAUAAAUGGUCCAGUUCUUGUGCUGAUCUAAAGCAGUGGUUCCCAAACCUUUCCCUCGAGGCCCCCCUUUGCCUGUGUCCAAGACAAGCCAAGGAAACCCAACACAAUCUCCUACCCACAUUCACACAUUAAGUGAGGAAAUGCCAAGUGGGAAACUCUGGCUGCCAAAGUAAAGCCAAAAAGGAAGUGACAAAAAAGUUUGUUCCUCCCUCACCCACUAGGGGCUAGCACCAAAAAGGAGCAAGUUCCAGUUGACUCCCAUGUUAAAAUUCCAACUUCCCAAGACAAAUAACAGAUGAGCCAGCGCUAGCAGCUUCGGCCUCACACUUAAAGUGUUGUAGCCUAGAAGACCGAGUGUAGCAGAGUCGCUCAACCGCGGUUUUCUGGCUAAAAGUGCCCGCCAACCUUCGUUGGCGUCAGUUAGCUCGUAGCGACAUCAGCUCAACAAUUGAUGGGUGUCAAUAAUCUGCCCCCACCCUCACAGCUCAAUGUUUGUAUUUUCUGGGGUUUGAAGAAAUGUACGACACAGCCAUGAUGGCGGUGGUGGGAUCUGCUCCUUUGGCAGCUCUUCAUUAACCUACGGGUGACAUGCCUGAGGAUUUGUCCAUUAUAUACACAGUAUAUGGGCUGCAUGGUGGCGCAGUUGUUAGCACUGUUGCCUCGCAGCAAGAAGGUUGCAGGUUCGAAACUCGGCUGUGGCCUUCUGCGUGGAGUUGCAUGUUCUCCCCAUACAUGUGUGGGUUUCCUCCAGGUACUCCGGUUUCCCCCUCAGAUCACAACAUGCCCUGUAGGUUAACAAUUGUACGUCGCUUUGGAUAAAAGCGUCUGCCAAAUAAAUAAACAUAAACAUGUUAAACACACACUUUAUUUAGCCAUGUAGAGUUUUACCUCAUAUACUUACAUUUGAUGAUAUUAUUUGUUGUUAUUGUGAUUUUUAUUUUUACGUAAUUUAUAAAAGUAUUAACUUGGUAACCUCCCAACCUCAGCACAAACAUAACUGUGGGGGUUGUUGUAGUUCCAGUGGAAGAUAAAUAGAUGCAGUUUUGUAGGAUGGGCAUGGGUGUGAGUGGUCGCUGACCCCAGGUUGGGAACCACUGAUCUGAAGGAUGAACUGGAACAGAACAGGACCUAUUUUUAAACUGGGUUUCUGGACUCUCUGCUGUAGUUUGAUUAGAAUCCAGUUAUAACAUAAACAUUUGGGACCAAUCAGAACCAAGGUGGCGGUCCAUAUGUUUGUUUGAAGCAGACAAAUGAUUGUCACCACACUACAUUUCCCAGAAUGCCUUUGACCUGUUUAUUCAGCAUGAACUUUAUUUAAAAAGACAUGUAGUUUUAGAAAUGUUUGAUGUAGGAAUAUUUAGACUCUGUUUUCACCUGAAGCCAAAACAUUUUUAUUUACAUUUGAUACAAAUGAGCCUGAUGACAUCACGGCUAAUGUAUGUUAGCAUGUUAGCAUGGCUGUGUCUUGUGUAGAAUAAGAGUUAACUGAUCAGCUGUUAGUGCUGAAAUGUGAUUGAUGAUGAUUAUGAAGUGGUUGUUCAAACACUUGCAAGCUUCAGCUAUAAAGUGUCUAAAAACCCAAAUACCUGCUGGACUUCAUCUCCACGGACGCUGUAUCCGUGGAUGCUGUCUCUGUGUUCUGUUUGCUAAACACUAUAAACUUGAAAUGUUAUGUUAAUCUGCUGACUGAAAACAGGAAGUGCUUAAAUUAGAUUUUUAAGUAUGUGAUAGAUGUUCAGUCAAAAGCUGCACUUUUUUCAGUUUGUAAUUUUUUUUUGUCCAAACAUUUUCUGACCAUUGACAGAUGUGACUCUGUAACAUCCAGAUGUGAUGUAUUAGCAUCCAGAUGCAAUGCCAGAACCUCCAAAGGUUAUGUAACAUCCAGAGUAGAUGUUGUAACAUCCAGAUGUGAUGUAUUAGCAUCCAGAUGCAAUGCCAGAACCUCCAAAGGUUAUGUAACAUCCAGAGUUGAUGUUGUAACAUGCAGAUGUGAUGCUGUAACAUCCAGAUGUGAUGUUGUAACGUUCAGUUGUGAUGGUGUAAUAUCCAGAUGUGAAGCUGUAAUAUCUAGAUGUGAUGUUGUAGCAUCCAAAUGCGGCCCUGUAACAUCCUGAUAUGAUGUAGCAUCCAGAUGUGAUGCUGGAACAUCCAAAUGUGAUGCUGGAACGUCCAAAGUUUAUGUAACAUCCAGAUGUGAUGUUGUAACAUCCAGCAGUGAUGCUGUAACAACCAGGUGUGACGCCAGAACAUCCAGAUGUUAUGCUGGAACAUCCAAUGGUUAUGUAACAUCCAGAUGUGAUGCUUUAAUAUCCAGAUGUGAUGCUGUAACAUCCAGAUGUUAUGCUGUAACAUCCAGAUGUUAUGCUGUAAGAUCCAGGUGUGACAUGCUAAACUGUUUUAUUUGCUGUAGUUUAAAUGUAGUGACUGAAUUGUGUUUAUUGCUCUCUGCUGUUCCUCUCACUAUAAAUAUAAUCAAAUGCU